UCGUUCCCCCCUUUCUUUAUGGUCCAUAUCCAUCACAUGUCAUCUCUGUGUGUGUGUGUGAGCGAGCGAGGCGCAGCUGGCAGAUUGUUAGGAAAACUGGUGCAGACUGGUUAUCUCUGUACCGGGCGGCCGCACAGUACAGCUACAGCAGAGCACACAGCACAGCACAACGCUGUACAGCAAGCAGGCAGCAUGUCUAGCUACUAAAAUGGGACAGCAGAUAGUUACUACUGCGACAUAGAACACCGAACGACGAUCGGCGGGGAAAUAGCGCACGAUUACGCACGAACAUGCGCUUGUGUAUUUGUCUCAGGGCUGUUCUCGCCGGUUGAUGAAAACGCCUAAAUUAUUCGCAGUUUGCUCACCUACUGCAGAAGAGGAAAACUUGGGAGACACGAAGGCGGAUGUAAAUAGAUCACACACGCCGAAUUUCUUUUGACCGAAGAAGCAUGCGAGCGACGCGGCGACGAGGGUUUUAAAAUAAUCUGAAUGUCCACUGAUGGUCGAACUGUUCCACAGAAAUGCUGUGUCACAAGGGCUCGAGCCUACUUUCUUUCACGCGCACUGUAAACACGGCGCUGGACCACAAUGGCGCUGAUGCUUUCUACCGUAGCAGCCUGAAACACGGACCACAGUUGACGGCUGUCGAAUCCCGGAGUGGAUCUUGAAGACAAUAACCAUAACAUAAUAACAACAAUGGUGUCCAUGGCCGGGCAUUUCCCUUAAACCCCGUGUGGGCCAUAGUAUCGUUACACUGUGUGGGGUGACUGUAGCAGCUCGUGGUGUGUGUGUAUGUAGAUGCCGGCUAACAAUACAGAAUGUUUACCCUCACAGAAGUUGCCUCUCUCAAUGACAUCCAGCCGACGUACCGCAUCUUGAAGCCAUGGUGGGACGUCUUCAUGGACUACCUUGGCAUCGUCAUGCUGAUGUUGGCCAUCUUUGCCGGGACCAUGCAGUUGACCAAAGACCAAGUCGCAUGCCUACCCAUCCUGGAGGAUGUGGACGCAGACGCGGCGUCGGCCACUCCGCGGCCCGACGAAUUCACGGACCCAAAGGGAACAGGAGGAGCAGGUGCCGGAUCCGGAGCCGCCGGGGCUGGGGCAGGUGCCACCACGAGCCGCGUUACCCUGGCGGCGGCACCGCUCGCGUCCAAGGACCAACCGGACAGCGUGGUUCAGCAGAUACAGUUUCUGCACCAGUCGUCCGCCGUCGUGGCGCAACCGGUGCCCACGGGCGUCAAAACGAACUUGGACUUUCAGCAGUACGUGUUCAUCAAUCAGAUGUGCUACCACGUGGCACUGCCGUGGUACUCGAAAUACUUUCCGUACUUAGCGCUCAUACACACCAUUGUGCUAAUGGUCAGCAGUAACUUCUGGUUCAAGUACCCAAAGACGAGUUCGAAAAUCGAGCAUUUUGUCUCGAUUCUGGGGAAAUGUUUCGAGUCGCCGUGGACGACCAAGGCGUUGUCGGAGACGGCCUGCGAGGACUCCGAGGAGAACAAGCAGAGGCUGACAGGGGCGGCGUCGUUGCUACCAAAGCACGUGUCCACGAGCAGCGAAGAGGGAAGCCCCAAUCAGUCCACGCCCAUGCUGGCAAAGACCAGCGGCGUGAAGUUCUCCGCCGAAAAGCCCGUUUUCGAAUUUCCGAGCAUGACCAUUUUGGAUAAAAAGGACGGCGAACAGGCCAAGGCGCUUUUCGAGAAAGUCCGAAAGUUCCGCACUCACGUGGAGGACAGCGAUAUGAUUUACAAGAUGUACGUUUGUCAGACGGUCAUCAAGACCGUCAAGUUCAUUUUAAUCCUGUGCUACACAAUGACAUUCAUUGCCUCCAUUGACUUUGAGCACGUGUGCAAGCCCGAGAUCAAACACUUGACUGGUUACGCACGUUUCCACUGCACGCACAACAUGGCUUUCAUGCUCAAGAAACUGCUCGUCAGCUACGUGUCACUUAUAUGUGUCUACGGCCUGGUGUGCAUCUACACCCUCUUCUGGCUCUUCCGACGGCCCCUGAAGGAGUACUCCUUCGAGAAAGUCAGGGAGGAGAGCAGCUUCAGCGACAUACCGGACGUCAAAAACGACUUUGCGUUCCUGCUGCACAUGGUAGACCAGUACGAUCAACUGUACUCCAAGCGCUUCGGCGUCUUCUUGUCCGAGGUGAGCGAGAACAAGCUGCGCGAGAUCAGCCUGAACCACGAGUGGACGUUCGAGAAGCUGCGGGCGCACGUGACGCGCAACGCGGCCGAGAAGCUGGAGCUGCACCUCUUCAUGCUGUCGGGCGUCCCCGACGCCGUCUUCGACCUGACGGACCUCGAGGUGCUGAAGCUCGAGCUCAUCCCCGAGGCCCGGAUCACGGCCAAGGUGUCGCAGAUGGUCAACCUGCAGGAGCUGCAUCUGUACCACUGCCCCGCCAAGGUGGAGCAGACCGCCUUCAGCUUCCUGCGCGACCACCUGCGCUGUCUCCACGUCAAGUUCACGGACGUGGCCGAGAUCCCCACCUGGGUCUACCUGCUCAAGAGUCUGCGCGAGCUGUACCUGGUGGGAAACCUGAACUCGGAGAACAACAAGAUGAUCGGCCUGGAGUCCCUGAGGGACCUGCGGCACCUCAAGAUCCUGCACCUCAAGAGCAACCUGACCAAGAUCCCCACCAACAUCACCGACCUGUCGCCACACCUCAUCAAGCUGGUGGUGCACAACGACGGGACCAAGCUGCUGGUGCUCAACAGCCUGAAGAAGAUGGUCAACCUGGCCGAACUGGAGCUGCACAACUGCGAACUGGAACGGAUACCGCAUGCCAUCUUCAGCCUCACCAACCUGCAGGAGUUGGACCUGAAGUCCAACAACAUCCGCACCAUCGAGGAGAUCAUCAGCUUCCAGCACCUGAAGCGUCUCAUCUGCCUCAAGCUCUGGCACAACAAGAUCAUCAGCAUCCCCAUCUCCAUCAGCCACGUCAAGAACCUCGAGUCGCUAUAUCUCAGCCACAACAAGCUGGACGCGCUGCCCACCUCCCUCUUCAACCUGCUCAAGCUGCGGCACCUGGACGUCAGCCACAACACCGUGUCCGUCAUCCCACCCGAGGUGGGCUUCCUGCAGAAUCUGCAGCACUUCGCCAUCACGGGCAACAAGGUGGAGUUCGUGCCCAAGCAGCUCUUCAAGUGCACCAAGCUGCGGACGCUGUGCCUGGGCCACAACUGCAUCACGCAGGUGCCCGAGAAGAUCGGCCAGCUGAUGCAGCUCACCCACCUGGAGCUGAAGGGGAACUGCCUGGACCGCCUGCCGCCACAGAUGGGCACCUGCCACCUGCUACGCAAGAGCGGCCUGCUGGUGGAGGACCACCUGUUCGACACGCUCCCCCUGGAGGUGAAAGAGAGCGUCAACCAGGAGUAGUAGAUCAGUUAGUAGUACACAGCUUUUUUGUUUUUUUUUCGUUAACAAACAUUCAGCAGCUCGGACGGAGGAACAAAAAUGCCAAACGUGCGGGCUGCUGGUGGAGGACUACCUGUUCGACACGCUCCCCCUGGAGGUGAAAGAGAGCAUCAACCAGGAGUAGAUCAGGGGUCUGUUUCUCGAAAGCGUCUUUGCUAAGCUAACGAAGUUAGCAAAGUCCUUCGUACGAGCGACAGUGAUGCUCACCACUAAAUCCAAGGGAACGUUAAGACGGUCUUAAGACGGUUAGCAACAACAAGAAUCGAGAAACGGACCCCAGGACAGUUGUACACAGGUUUUUUUUCUUUUCGUUUACAAACAUUCAGCAGCUCGGAGGAACAAAAAAAAUGCCAAACGCGUGACUGAGGCAAAUCACGUGUGCGCAGCUUUUGAGUGACAGCAAGCCUCCAGCCAAUCAGAGAGGCUGAUCUCAGAAGCCCUCUCAGCUGUGCUCGCAGCGCAGCAUGAAUGUUUGUAUACGAGGAAGCCCUGUAUUGAUGGAGAUAGAUGGAUGGAUGGAUGCAACCAUACCAGUCCUGUCCAGUCCUCUAAAGUCCAGUACCACUUCAUUACAGAGAUGGAGGCUCCUGUCCAAGUAUUGAUCAGGUCUAACUGACCGUGGUCCUGUGCCAGGGACUGUGGAUGGGAGCAACAUCUCCCUGGCUAAAGGCUCAGGGGUGCAUUUUUCAAAAGAGAAGUUGUUAGCCUGUUAGCAACUUUGGUAGUUGCCAAUGGGAAAAUACAUUGAAAACAACAAAGUAGCUAAUGUAGUAAGCAACUUUGGUUUCGAGAAAUCCAUCCCAGAGUUGUAGAAAGUAGAAGUAGACGUAUUCUUACAGGUGUAACUACAGCACUAGUUGCAUGAUAUUACAAAGUUGAAUCCAUGUAAUAUCAUACCACUAGCGUUUACAUCUGUGAGAGUAAUUCUACUUCUACUUCAUACAACUCUGGCUAGGCUUGUAUUCAGAGCGGCUGUACAUGCCUGCAAAUGUGUCCCAAUUUAUGGAAUGGAUGUCCAGUCAUUCAAGUUUGCAUAAAAGCAUUAUGCAGAUGUUCUUUUAUUUUUUUUUUAAGGAAAAAAACGUUGUCAUAUAUUGUACAAUAUAAAUCAUGUGGGUAUUAUUUUACAGUAGGUUGACACCAAAGCUGAUACUCAAUGGCAUAAGGAACCAGUCAAACAUCCUCUCAUCCCAUCAUACAGCCUUCAUACAGUCUCAUUAUUCCACCACACAUUAUUAUUAUUUAUUAUUAUUAUUAUUAUUAUUAUUAUUAUUAUUAUUAUUAUUAUUAUUGCCAUCGGUUCAGCAUACGCUCAGCACGCCACUUGAGAAACCUCCCAAUGCCGUUUGGCAUGGUUGUGAUGUUUUUGUCAUGUUGAGUCCCUCAAAGCACACUUCAAUGUAGCAGUUAGCAGUCACACAUGUGCACAGCAUGUGCAUUCGAGCACUUGGCAUUGACACAUUGACUUAAUCUUGCAUCAUUCCAUCCAUCCAGCCAUCAGUGUUGCCAGAUUGGGCGGUUUCCCGCCCAAUUGGGCUGCUUAGGAUGGCCGUGUGCGGGUAAAAAUGGAUAUUGGAGAAAAAAAUAGAAAUCAAUAGCAUUGGGCGGGAUUUAGUGAUUCCAGGCGGGUUUUGAGCAUUAUUUGGGCCUCAUCUGGCAACCCUGCCAGGCAUCCAUCUAUCCAUCCACCCAUUUCUAGCUGGCAGUGAUCUCCACUACCAGCUCUACAGUGAUGAGUGCUAUAUUGGUGCAUCCCUUACCUAGAGCAGUGCGGUUAUGCAUACUGUUCAGCUGGGGCAUAUACUACAAAGCUGGU